UUUUUUCCUUUCAGUGUUAUGAAAAUAUUCUAUAAUUUCCGACGGAUGAUUUGCUAUUUCGUUAUGUGUAAUUGCGUCUACAAUAUUGACGAUGGGAAAAUAAUCCCAUCUUGUAAUGCUUGUAAUGAAAAUGUAAAUUACCGUGCCUUCAGCUACAGUUGACAGGGUUUAAGUACAAGUGUAUUAUAUAUAUUUUUUACAUGUGAAAUCAUCAUGUACUAGAGAGAAGGUUUUAUGUGGUAAUCUAGAGGUCUGUGUUGGCUAUAUUUUGGAUUUUAUUAACACAUUCUAUGUUCCAACAUUUUGGAUUUUGUUGACAUUGAGCUUGGAAAGAUAUGCUGUUUUUGGACUUGUCAAUCAAACUUUUCCACCAGGUAGAUUGGUAGAAUAAGGUGUUCCACAGUGUACAGGGGUUCCUGAGCUGAUCAACUUAACACUGCUGUCUCAACAAGGAUAUUUCAUCUUAUAGAAGCUAACUGCGUCUCACCUCAUUUGACUGAAACUGUUACACUGCUGACUAAAACUUGUUACACUACCGACCUGAACUGUUAAACUACUGACCAAAACUGUUACACUACCAACCUGAACUGUUACACUUCUCACCAAAACUGUUACACUACCGAUCUGAACUGUUACACUUCUCACCAAAACUGUUACACUACCGACCUGAACUGUUACACUUCUCACCAAAACUGUUACACUACCGACCUAAACUGUUACACUGCUCACAGAAAUAGUUACACUACUCACAGAAACAGUUCCACUUCUUUCCUGUACCUGGAGCGGGAGUUCUUGUUUUGUGUCACCAGUAUUCGAGGAUUGGAAUUUUGCUGGCUGACAGUCAUUUUAAGUACUGACCAUAAAUAUUAUGCUACUGUUCACAGGUUGAAAUAUCGCACUAAAAUAGUUAAGAAGUGGAUUUUAUCUGUCUGACCUUUUUGCACUACUGACCUUAACAUAACAGGUUGUGGCUUUUUGUAUCACAUCAAAGGAGCCGAGUUCAAAAGAAAAAUUUGCUGGAAGAAAAGUAAAAUAAUCAUAAAUUUGAUACAGGGCAUAUGCUGUAUAGAAAAUGUGUGAUAAUCUUUCAUUUAGAUGUAACCAUAUGGCAGAGUGAUGUUAAAAAGAGUUGAAUGAAAUGUAAACUGGCUUUAAACAGAGGAAUUUUAAAAAUUAGAAAACUUGUAUAGAGAGAGACAAGGAUAUCUUGUUUGAACGAAAGGUCUCGAAGUGUGAUAAAGAUGUUAUCACGAUGGAAGUGUAAUUUGCAUACUAUGACGUUGGAUUACUGAUAAUACAGCGAUAACGGAGAUCAGUUGUUUGUGCAGCUUCUUCUAAGAAGUCGGCAAGAUAUUUUUUUUCCGAAAUUUGACAAGAUCGUAAAACAAGUUCUAGAAGUUUGUUGCAUUAAAUCGGAAAGAUUAUGUGCAGAAAUUAAAAAGUGCGAUUUGAAACAAAUUUUCCUGCGGAAAUAGUUGUAAUACCUCAAAUAAUCUUCGAUUUUGAAAGGCAGUGGUGAAAAGGUGUUUAAAUUUGUAUAGUCGUAUUUUUGUGGUAAAAAUACUUUUUGUCAAAAUGGCAAGUGAAAAGUUAUUGUUCCAUUCCGAUGUAGGAUAAAAUGUGUGUUAUUUUCUGUCAGGAUAUACAUGUUAUUGGCAUAUGUUGUUUGUAUAUAUUUCUGUUUUUUGAUGUGUGAAAAUUUGUGAUUUGCAUGGGGAAAAAAGUGGAAUAUGGAGUAAAUUGAUACAAAUAUUUCAACAAACUUCAAUGGAUUUACUGGAAUUACUAAAUUCAAGAGUAACAAAAGCACAGUAGCCAGACGGGAAGUUGAAAAAUAUUUCAAGGAAUGGACAUGGCGGGAAAGGAUUCAGAUAAACAAGAGUUGCUGGACUCUAUUCAGGCAGAGUUGAAGAAAGGUCUCAAACUUGGCAGCAAGAAUGUGCAGAAACUCUCAUACUCACAACUUCAAAGAUCUCAGGGAAUCAGGAUAAAAAUGGAAUACAAUGAAGAAAGAAGGACUAUUCACAUGCCACGGCCGCUCACGUUUGAGCAGAUACGCGACAAAGUGGAACAGAUGUACUCGUACCCUCUCUGUAUUUUCUUCACACAAGCUAACGGAGAGGUUUAUAUUCCAAUUAAAUGCCAGGCAGAUUUGGACUCGGCUAUACACCUUGUGGACAAGAAUGAAAGAGUGACGAGUUUACGAUUAUUCCUGACGAAUUCCAACCAUACAGGACACCAUGGUUUCCCGAAUAGUCAUCAUAUAGCAUCUGAUCCAUAUAAAUCCAAUAAUCGUGAGUCACCUAGUCCACCUCCGGGAUCGUUACCUGAGCACGAGAGGUCGUACAAUCAUAGCCUGUCAUGUAGUUCAAUAAACAGCGAAGGAGAAUUCAUUCCAGAAAAAGAUACUCCUGGGUCCAUAUCGGACAGUCUAUCAUCCCUAGAUAGCAGCUACGUGAGUAGUCAUGGAGACACGUAUCCAAUGAUAAGAGGAAGACGUGAUUCAAGAAGAAGUAUUCUCUCAGAUGGUGCCAAAGAUGAAUAUGACGGCCGAGGGAGUCGAUUUGGAACUUAUCCUAGAGGCUUUGACUCAGGAACACACUCGGCAAAUGUUGAAGGUCACGGUACUUUUCCUCGUUCCAAUAUUGUGCAACAUCGACGUCCAGAACUGACCACAACAUCACUACGAUCCCUCAUGUCAACACGAGGAAGUGAGGGAACGUUAAGCACGAGUUCAAGCAGUUCGGGUUUCCCACCGGAUCCGGAAGAUUCACCGGAAGGUCGAAUUUUCAAACGUAACAGCAACGAUGGUAGUCCAAUUUUUCAUCCAGCAUUUUCAAAGUCACCCACAUGUCCUUCAAACUGGAAGCAAGGUCAUAGGUUAGGGAGCGGGGCAUUUGGCGAAGUAUUUAUUUGUUUUGAUCACGACACUGGUCGAGAACUAGCUGUAAAAAUGGUGAAACUGCACGGUCAAAAUGCUGAGGUUUCCAAGGAGGCACGUGCAUUAGAAAAUGAGAUUAUUUUGUUACGGAACUUUCAACAUGAGAGAAUUGUUCAAUAUUUUGGUUGCUCAGUUGAUAGAAGUGAGAUCUGUAUCUUUAUGGAAUAUAUGCCAGGGGGAUCAAUAUUUGACAUAAUAAAUAAAUAUGGGCCGUUAACAGAACCAGUAGCUGCCAAGUAUACUCGACAGGUGCUUGAAGGCCUCGCCUACCUACAUAGAAAUGUGAUAGUCCAUAGGGACAUUAAAGGUGCUAACGUAUUACGAGACAGUGCCGGCAAUGUGAAGUUGGCAGAUUUUGGUACAAGUAAAAGAUUACAAACUAUAUGUAGUGUGUCGGGACUCAAGUCUAUCAUAGGAACACCGUACUGGAUGGCUCCCGAGGUGAUCAAUGGAGAAACUUACGGGCGAAAAGCCGAUGUUUGGAGUGUUGGAUGUACUAUUGUCGAGAUGUUAACGAAGAAACCUCCUUGGGCUGAUUUAGAAACUAUGGCUGCCAUCUAUAAAAUAGCGACUACGGAAUUUCCGCGAUUUACGCUUCCGAAUGGUUUAUCUCCUUACGUUGAUGACUUUUUGAGAUUGACGUUUAAACGCAUUCCUCAGGAACGACCUACGGCUGAAGAUUUGUUAAUGUAUUCAUUUGUUAAUAGAUGACAAUGUUAAUAUAGAAUCUAAUUUAAUUGAUCACAGGACUUCCAUGACUUACAGAGUAUGGUAGCCAUGGUGACAAGGUUUUAUUGGCUGCUAUUAGAGAAAAGUGUAAGAUUUUAGCUCGAUGAAGUUGAGGAAUAUAUGUCUUUCAAGAUGUGUUAAAGAGUUUAUAGUUAUGUAUACUCAAAACUGUGUUCAACAUAGCGACAUGUUCUACAUAGCAACUUGCGUUGCUAUAGUUACAGUAGAUGGGGACGUCAGAUUUUGUUGUGUUUGAUAAGCUACAUUAAAGAGGCUGUCAUGAAUGAUGAAAGGAUAUACAGACAAUGAUCAAUGACAAUGUGAUAUAUAUGGUAGAGAGGCAGAGACAGAGCUGUUCCUGGCAGAGAGGAAAAUAAAUACUUGUAGCAUUUAGGGCCAGUAUAAAUUGAUUUCUAGAUAAAUUAAGAAGUGCAAGAUUUUUUUUAUUCAGAUUUCUUAAUAAAGAAAGGAGGCUUUAAUUAACUUCAAAAACUGUUGCAGAUGUUCGGAAACAAUUAAUAUAUUUUACUUGAGCCUAAAAGUAGGCAGUGAAAACAGAUCUUGAGAAAACAUUUAGUUGCCAUAAUAUCAAAUCUUCUUUUACUUGUGCAAAGUGUACUUAAAACAGAAUAAAAAAAUUGAAAAUUUUUCAUGAUGAAUUUUUCUCUUGUAGCAUGAAGUUAGUGCUCCAGAAAUUAAUUUUUGCUGGCUUAGUUAUCAUAUGAGUCACGCCAUGAGAAAACCAGCAUAGUGGCUUUGCAACCAACAUGGGUCAAGACCAGCCUGCGCAUCCGCGCAGUCUGGUCAGGAUCCAUGCUGUUCGUUUUAAAAAUUUUCUGAAAUUAGAGAUCGCGGAUGCGCAGGCUGGUCUUGAUCCAUGCUGGUCGCAAACGCACCAUGUUGGUUUUCUCAUAGUGCGGCAUAUUAUUAUGUCACAGUGAUUGUUAUUUUUUGUACCAUGAUUGUUAUUUCUACUAUUAUAAGAUGAAACAACCACCGGUAUAUUCACACUUAAUUGAUUCAAGUGAAGGAAACAUUAUUGCAUUAAAAAUUUUAGUUUUUAUGAGUAGUUUCCAUGUAACUUUGGAGAACUUUUCUGUACUUUUCUGAUUCAGAGAAAAGACUUCACUGUUGUUUGUAAGUGAAGAUCUGCUGAAACUUACAGUAGACUUAAAACAUGUCAAUAAAUUCAUAUACAUUAUCUGUAAGCAAAAUUUUUUUUACUUCAUUUCGCAAACUGUGCCUUUUGUCCUUAAGUGCCAUGUUGUUUUUUUUUUCAAAGAAGUUCAUAGAAUUAACAUACUUAUAGUUUUGAUGUCUGAACUUGUUGGUAUUAUUCGAUCUAGUACAAAAUUAAGUCUUGGGUCGCCAUGGCCGAGGGGGUUAAGGUUCUUUACUGGGAGCUGCUUGCCGGCUGUGGGUUUGAAACUGUCCUAUAGAUGCAUAAUUCUUUCAAGUGAGGAAACUAUCCAGCUGGUUUGGUGGUUGAUGGUGUGAGGUUGGCAUUUGGGGUUUGGCGGUUCUACCAAGGAGCUUGCCUAUAUCUGAUACACAACAGCUGAAGGGAAGUGUGGUUCUUCUUCACUAAAAUACAAGCUAGAGCGUUGCAAUAUAAUCAAAUGUGUGUUAGAGUGAUGUAAGAUCAAACAAAUACAAUAAUAAAACUAUUGUGAAUGUUUAUCCCAUUUCAUCAUAAUGAGCCAUGCCAUGAGAAAACCAACAAAGUGCAUUUGCGACCAGCAUGGAUCCUGACAAGACUGUGCGGAUGUGCAGGCUGGUCUGGUGUUGGUUUUCUAAUGGCACAGCUCAUAUCUUUAUUAGUGAGAAACAGAUUGUAGGAAAGUUUAUUUGAAUUAUUUGAAACAGGAUGUUAAGUCAAUGUAUAUAUUUGAUCAAGAUUAGUUAAAAGCGCAAGAUAUGUGCACAGUUAACUGCAUGUUUUAUGUGAAACAGGAGAUGAAAUAAAUGCACACAUUACAGUGUGUUAAAUUGAAGAAUGACAUUGCAAUGUGAUUAAUUUUGAACAUGAUUUGAAUUAACACAUUAUUGCAGGGUUUAUUUGAAAUAGAUUGUUAAAUAAGUACAAGUUAGCUUAAUUUCACCCAGGGCUUCCAAGUUUAUAAUUAUGCACAUUACAACAAAAUUAAUUGGACACACAUUUUAUUUGUUUACACAAACUACCACAUUGUUAAUUUAAAACAGGACAUCUAGGUAAUUUGCAUAUUUAACCAUAAUCAAGACUACUUGUUUAGCUAAAUAGGUAGGACCUUAGACUUACAAUUGGGAAAUUGUAGGUGGGCAUGGUUUCCAUGGUGACUGAAGAAAAUGUAUCUACGGUUGUUUGUCUCUCCACCUAUGCUUGGUGAAGCUGUCAGUUAUUUUCCAAGAAGAGGUUAAUGCUUGUAUAGAAUCCAGGAACUUUUUUGAUUAAAUGACUUCUGUAAAUGACUGAAAUAUGGUUAAAAGAUGGCGUCCCUUGAAAGAUGGCAUCUCCUAAAAGAUGGUGUCCCCACCCCCAGACACACACACACACCUGUUAAAAGGGGGGAAAAUUGGUCACAUGACAGCAGCAGCAGGUAAUGGCAGUCCGAUCUAUUUUUCACUGAAUUUAAAGUUCAGUUGCACAUUUGAGCCCUUGAUCCAUGCUAGUCCUAAACGCACUAUGUCGGCGCGGCUCAUUUUAGCAUAUUCAGUAUGAAAUGCAGGAUAUUCACUGUUGUAAAAAGUAAAGUUAGUUUAAUUAGUAUUAAAACAAAGAUUAAUGGUGGUUUAGUUUAAAGAACGGAUCAGAUCAAAUAGGGCUCAUUAUCACUGCAUGAACUGUUGAUAAAAGUAGCUCUUUAUAGAGUUUGUAAUUAUUAAUACUGUAGUAUAAUUAAUUUGAAAAAGAUAAACUGUGUCAGAUUUAUUUUUAGCUCAUCUGAUUUUUUGAAAAAAAAUGAUGAGUUAUUGUCAUCACUUGAGCGGUUGUCGGCGUCGGCGUCGGCGUCUGCGUCGGCGUUGCCUGGUUAAGUUUUAUGUUUAGGUCAGCUUUUCUCCUAAACUAUCAAAGCUAUUGCUUUGAAACUUGGAAUACUUGUUCACCAUCAUAAGCUGACCCUGUAUAGCAAGAAACAUAACUCCAUCUUGCUUUUUGCAAGAUUUAUGGCCCCUUUUGUACUUAGAAAAUAUCAGAUUUCUUGGUUAAGUUUUAUGUUUAGGUCAACUUUUCUCCUAAACUAUCAAAGCUAUUGCUUUGAAACUUGGAAUACUUGUUCACCAUCAUAAGCUGACCCUGUACAACAAGAAACAUAACUCCAUCUUGCUUUUUGCAAGAAUUAUUGCCCCUUUUGGACUUAGAAAAUCAGUUUUCUUGGUUAAGUUUUAUGUUUAGGUCAGCUUUUAUCCUAAACUAUCAAAGCUAUUGCUUUAAAACUUGCAACACUUGUUCACCAUCAUAGGCUGACCCUGUACAGCAAGAAACAUAACUCCAUCUUGCUUUUUGCAAGAUUUAUGGCCCCUUUUGGACUUAGAAAAUAUCAGAUUUCUUGGUUAAGU